AUGCAAGAUCUUUCGGGCGCCGGUCAGUCUGGUCCAAACGCCGGUCCCGUCGGCCGCUAUCCGGGCCAUGCCUCCAAGCCCUCCAACAGCGACACUGGCUUCUCCCACGGCGCCUUCACCUCGAACGUCUCUGGCUUCGCUGACAGACACCCUCGCCGCGGAAAUAUCCCUUCGAUCAACACGCAGCCGCUGUCCCAGCAAGCCCCGCCCUCGAAUGCUGCAGACAUGACCAGCCCAGGCACAGCCUUCGACAUGCAGUUCACCCCUCUGCUUCCCUCCCAGCUACUCCUCGGCAGUCCUUUCCAGCCUGGCACUCCUGCGGCCUUCGCGAACUCGCAAUUCCAGGGUCAGCUCGGCUAUCAGCAGGGCCAGCAGCAGAACAACCCGCAACAGCAGAGCGGCAUGCAGAGCCCCAUCCAGCAGAACAUGUCUCCUCAGGCCUACCAGGCCAUCGUGUCGCCCUCGACCUACGGUGCCCCCCAGUUCUAUUCGCCACAGUCGCCCACGGGCGCCUACAAUAACUUGAAUGGCCAACUGCAGAUGCAGAUGCAGCCAACUUCGCCUGUGUCCCUGGGUGCUCCAGGCAUGGUCAGCGGCACUAGCCGCACGGUGUACCUGGGCAACAUCCCCCCAGACACAUCGGCUGAAGAGAUCCUUGGUCACGUUCGCAGCGGCCAGAUCGAGUCGGUGCGCCUGCUGCCCGACAAGAACUGCGCCUUCAUCUCCUUCUUGGACGCCAGCUCCGCUACUCAUUUCCACUCUGAUGCCAUCUUGAAAAAGCUCUGCAUCAAAGGCCAGGAUAUCAAGAUUGGCUGGGGCAAGCCGUCGCAGGUUCCGACAUCGGUCGCUGUUGCCGUUCAGCAGUCGGGCGCAUCUCGCAACGUGUAUUUGGGCAACCUGCCCGAAGAUAUUACAGACGAGGAGCUCCGUGAGGAUUUGGGCAAGUUCGGUGCCAUUGACACGGUCAAGAUUGUUCGCGAGAAGAACAUUGCCUUUGUUCAUUUCUUGUCGAUCGCCAACGCCAUCAAGGCUGUCUCUCAGCUGCCCCAGGAGGCCAAGUGGCAGACGCCUCGUCGCGUCUACUACGGCAAGGACCGAUGUGCCUAUGUUUCCAAGACGCAGCAGCAGAAUGCAGCACAAUAUCUUGGUAUUGCUCCGGGAUAUGCCCAUAUGCUGACCGGUGCGGAUCGCGAUCUCAUUUCCAAUGCCCUCGCCCAGCAGUCCGUCGCGGCCGCUGCAGUUGCCACGACCGCGGGUGGCAUCAACAACUUGGGCAACCGGACCAUCUACCUGGGCAACAUCCAUCCCGAGACCACAAUCGAGGAAAUUUGCAAUGUCGUCCGUGGUGGCCUCCUGCAUCACAUCCGAUACAUUCCCGACAAGCACAUCUGCUUUGUCACUUUCAUCGAUCCGACUGCGGCAGCUUCCUUCUACGCUCUGAGCAACCUCCAGGGUCUCAUGAUCCACAACAGGCGGCUCAAGAUUGGCUGGGGAAAGCACUCCGGUGCUCUGCCUCCCGCGAUCGCCCUCGCUGUCAGCGGCGGAGCCUCCCGAAAUGUUUAUAUCGGAAACCUGGAUGAGACGUGGACCGAGGAGAGGCUCAGGCAAGACUUCUCCGAGUUCGGCGAGAUUGAGCUGGUCAACACGCUGCGCGAGAAGAGCUGCGCCUUCGUGAAUUUUACCAACAUCGCCAAUGCUAUCAAGGCUAUCGAGGCCAUCCGCAGCAAGGAUGAGUACAAGAAGUUCAAGGUCAACUUUGGCAAGGACCGCUGCGGGAACCCGCCUCGUCAGCUCCAACAGUCUCAGCAGUCACCUCGCGGCGAGGUCCCAUCGCCUCCACCAAACGGUUCUUCGCAAAACGGGGGCUCGCCAACCAACGCGACUGCGCCCAGCCAGGGCAGCUUCAACGCAAACAGCAACCCUCUGACAAUGUACCUGAACCAUGUCUCCCAACAGGCCCAGCAGCAGCAACAGCAUCAGCAGCAAGCUCUUGUUGUCCAACAGCAAGCUCUGUUUGGUACCGCGGCCUCGUCGCCCAAUGACAUCACCCUCGAGGUUCCUCAGGGUCCGAUCUCGGGACACCAGCAGUCCGCCAGCAUCUCCAAUGGCUAUGUGACGAACGGCCCUCCUUCUUCGGGCUCUACCACUAUCGGAGGGCUUUUGGCUCCAGGUAAUCCAAGAGGCUCACACAACCGAGCGGUGAGUCUACCUGUUCUGGCCCCCGGCUUCGAGAACGGUGGUACCAGCCCCAACAACAUCCCCGGCAACCCGGCCAACAAUGACGGCGAGCGUCGCGGCCAUCAAUACCAGUCGAGCUUUGGCGGCAUGGGUAACGGCUUCGGACUUGCGAUCCAAGGCGGCCUCAAUGGCUGGGUCGAGGAAGAGGUUGCGAAUUAA